AGGCCAAUCUGCUGAUGUGCUGCCUCAGCGCUAGACUUAUAAGAGGCUUUGAGAGACAGGCUUAGCACUAGGCAUGGAUGUCUUUUUCAACUUUCCCUCUCUCCACUUCUCUCCUGCAUAUUUUGUCUACUUAUUAAACAUCACAAGAUCUAUUUAUCACAGAAAAAACUAAAGGUCAGACUGGCAUAGUCUUGAAGCUGAUCCCAGCACUCAGCAGUUAAAAUGUUUCAUCAGUCAUUCAGUCUAUAGUAGCGGUUCUCAACGUGGGCCCCCCAGGGGGCGUUCAGAGGACGGCAGGGGGCGCUGGUGGAAAUUUUUCCAAAAGGGAGGCACUGGGAUUCCUUUGGGGGGCGUUUGGUCGAAGGAUGCCAUUACUUUGACUGUUCACCUGGCUCUCUUUCCGUCUUCUACCACCUAAUGUGGAUAAACCUUUGAAGAGUCUUUGCAAGUCUUUAGCUCUGUAAAACACCAGCUUUGAGAACUGUGGAUACAUGGGCUGUGCAGCAAAGGAAAUAAAGAGCAGGAGAAGAAAAAACCGAUAUGAGCCCAACUGACGAUUGGCAGGAGCAAUAUCCCCUCAACUUUUUGUCUCAGGGUUGCUAAACAUAAAAUACAUCUCUUUUCCAUUCCGAGACCCUCACAGGACUUCAAAAGUACCCCUCAGAGGGGUGAUGCCAGUGUUGCUUAAUGCCGACGCCUCUUUUAGCUCCAGGCAGGAGCUCCUGGACCUUCAGGACUGUCCCCUCAAUGGGGGCUGCUCUUUGGACACCCCUAGUCCCGUGGACUCCCAGACAGGAAGCCCUCUAGGGUCUGGUCCUAGAAGUCCUGGCGGGCCAGGAGCUGAUGACCUCACUGGAACCCUUAUUUUCACUAGGGCUUCGAUGCUGCCGGGGCAGUUAUAUGGAGAGAGCAGUCAGCCUGACACAGAGGUUCCUUUGGGGUUGACACUACAGUCCAAUGACUCUGAUCAACUGUGCGGUUGGGGGGCUCUGAAGCCUAAAAUCAUCCAAGUGUUCAACACCCCUCGUUGGGUGCUGUUCUUUCUUUGUGCGGCCUCUUUUCUCCAGGGAAUGAUAGUCAAUGGCUUGAUCAACACAGUGGUGACCUCCAUCGAGCGACGCUUUGACCUGCCUAGCUACCAGGCCGGUCUCAUUGCCAGCUCCUAUGACAUUGCUGCCUGUGUCUGCCUGGCCUUUGUCAGUUACUUUGGUGGUACUGGACAUAAGCCCCGCUGGCUGGGAUGGGGCGUACUCAUUAUGGCGCUGGGUUCCUUGGUGUUCAGCUUGCCUCACUUCACUGCUCCUCCCUACUUGGUCAGCAUGCAGGAGCAAAUAGGAAUGUGUUCUGCCAACGGCACCAGCCAGUGCCAGAACAAGGAGGGAGGAGGACUAUCGAAUUAUCGUUUUGUGUUCAUGCUGGGACAGUUUCUGCAUGGUAUCGGCGCCACGCCUCUGUACACAUUAGGGGUCACGUACCUGGAUGAGAAUGUCAGCUCCAACUAUGGACCUGUUUACAUGGGAAUCUUCUACACAGCAGCUAUUGUGGGGCCUGCUGCAGGCUACCUGCUGGGAGGUUACUUCCUCACCAUUUACACAGAGACUCAUCUGGCAACAGAGAUGACUCCAGAAAACCCUCACUGGGUUGGGGCUUGGUGGAUUGGCUUCCUAGCAGGAGGAGCAGCUGCUUUACUGGUAGCUUUCCCCAUCCUUGGCUACCCACAACAACUGCCAGGCUCCCAGGAGCAUGUGGCAGGGCGGGUGUCUGAGGCCCACCAGCUGAAAGAUGGAAGCCACAAUACAGCCUCUGACCCUCAGUUUGGAAAAUCAGUCAAAGACAUGCCAAGAUCUGUGCUGCUUCUCUUGAAGAACCCUACUUUCCUCUUCCUUUGUUUGGCAGGAGCCACUGAGGCCACGCUCAUCGCAGGCAUGUCCACCUUUGGACCAAAGUUCUUGGAGUCCCAGUUCAAUCUCAGUGCAUCUGAAGCUGCCACCUUGUUCGGAUACAUGGUGGUACCAGCAGGGGGCGGUGGUACUUUUUUAGGCGGCUACAUCGUGAAGAGGCUGAACUUGCGUUGCCGAGGCAUCAUACGCUUCUGCAUGAUGUGUGCUCUGGUCAGUCUGCUCGCCAUCUUCAUCUUCCUCGUCCAUUGCCCCAAUGUGCCCAUGGCUGGGGUCACGGCCCCUUAUCAGUUGGGGCUGAUGGGGAAGGACCAACUGGACCACUACAAACAUCUGUAUGACAAACCCAAGAAGCCGCGACUCAGAAACAGCUCUUCUCUGGACAUGAACCUCACAGUAAGUUGUAAUGCAGCUUGUAACUGUGCCAGAGAAGUGUACAACCCAGUGUGUGGGGCGGACGGGACGAUGUAUUACUCCCCGUGCCACGCCGGCUGCACCUCCAUCAACCACACAGAACCGUCCACAGGCAGACAGGUGUACUCUGGGUGUGGCUGUGUGGUGGGGAACGUAUCGUGGGGCGAGGAGGGCUUCGCUCUGACAGGGAAGUGCAGCAGCACCUGCCACCACAUGCCAGUCUUCCUCUCCUUGCUCUUCGUCAUCAUUUGUUUCACCUUUCUCUGUAGCAUCCCAGCUCUCACUGCCACUCUCAGGUGUGUACCAGAUAGUCAGAGAUCGUUUGCUCUUGGCAUCCAGUGGAUAGUGGUGCGCACACUUGGCAGCAUUCCAGGACCGAUUGCAUUUGGCUCAGUGAUUGAUAUUUCCUGCUUAUUGUGGCAAGACCAGUGCGGUGAUCAAGGCUCCUGCUACAUCUAUCACAACUCAGCCAUGAGUCAGUACACACUUGUCGCUGGAAUCGUCUUCAAGCUUUUGGGUACCAUCUUUUUCCUCGUAGCCAGCGUUCUCUACCAGCCGCCUCCGGAGUCUCCUCAAACCAGCUGCGAGAGCACGGACCAGGGAACGGAGCACACAAGCGACCUGCCAAUAAAAGACCUGCCAGAAGAUGGCGUCAUUAUCAACCUGCAUGCCAGGUUAUGACAUGUCAGACCCUCCGUUCCAAAUACAGUCACUGUUUGUGUGAUUAAAAAAAAAAUACCCAGGAUGCCUUCACGCACAAAUGCACAUACACCCAGACAGGGUGUGUAGCACUUCUAUCAUGCUGCUCUUCUAGAAUGAAAUCGUGGUUUGACUGCAUGUGUUUCUGACAUGUAUGUUUGAUUGACUCAGCAAAAGCCUCACAAAGUUAUUUCUCCUAACUUUUCAUCUCUAAAAAUAGCUCAAAUCUGAUCAGUUAAAUAACUUCAAGUGCGAUGGUGUGUGCAUUAUCUUGACUAUGUCCAGCUUGACACCAUCUUUUAAAGAUUGAUUAGACUCUUCACAGAAGCAUUUUACGGUUUUGAAAGAGUCAAAUAAAAACGAAUCUCCUAUUCGUCUGUUGUUUUACAGUGACUGACUGGAAGAUAUGAUCGGUUUUCUGAGAACAGAUAAAGCCAUGUUUUAAGAUGCUGUAAGAAACCUUGAGGCCAGUGAAAAUGUAGCCAAAUAUUCUUAUCACAAGAAGUAAAGCAGAGUCCUGAACGAUCCUUACAUCAGAGGAAGCAUUGAGCCACCAUCAUGCUUUCAACACUUUAAUGCAAAAUUCAUAUUCUUACCAUUUUCCUAGUUAGCUAACACAAAAUGCCCCUUUUUGAAUGCUGCUAGACAGUUUUUCCUAAAAAGCAAACAAACAAACAAACAAACAAAAAGUUAGUCCGUAGUGUCUGAUCUUGGAAAUGUCUCUAGAAACUGUGCACAUCUGGAUAUUGACAACUGAUUCCAGUCUUCCUGGCAGAUUCUGCCACACUCUGAGUGAGUUGGUCAGUAACAUGAGAUUCUAUUGAUGAUCUGUUAUGUUUAACUCUGAACUUUUAAUGGACUCCUACUACUCAGGGGCAUUCUUGGACAUGCCUUGUCUCCAUCUCUGUCUUGAGUGUACAAUCUUUUGAGGCCUCGACACAAAGGAGAUGACAUCACUUCCUCUCCAUUCAUCUCCUAUGGAGCUUAGGGCACCAUUAACUUGCCUUCCUCCUGGCAAGUUAAUGGCAAAAUUUGCUCAUGGGAGAUUUUGAGCUUAUACAUGUGAACUUGCACACAUGAGCUUGUGACAUGACACAAAAAAGAUAAUAAUGUUCAACUUUUCUUGCAGUCGUCACUACUGUGUUCUGUGUGUUGGGAUUUGCCACGAGUGGCGGAAAAUGUUGUCUUUCCCUGUCAUUCGUCACUCCUCGUGUGUUGAACCAUUACACUACAGUGUCUUGUCCCUGUGGUUUAUAUUCGUAGUCUGAAGUAAUUUAGCUUCAAGAAUCUUUACAAAUGAUUACGACAAUUCUGCCCUCUGCUAUGAACUCUGUGUCCCAAAGAAACCCCAGAGCAAACGUCUGCCAUCACCUUGCUUCAUUCUUGGGAUGAUAAUAGCAGGGGAUAUUUGUUAGAUAGGAUCCAUCAGAAGCAAUUGAUGUGUUGUUGAGGCAAAUCAAGGAUCUCAGCUUUCCAUGCUCUUAGGGUGCCUUCAGGGAGAACAGAACAUUUCAAGAAUGUGAAAAUUCUACUAGAUUGUGGAUGGUCUCGCUAAGAGAGACCAUCCACAAUCUCUAAAAGGUAUUAAAAACACAGUUUGCUCCCCGUUAUGCAUGGUGGAGUGUGAGUGUUUUCUAAAGGUAUUGGUCAUGCAUAUAACAUUUGAAUCAAGGGAGCCUGGGUAGGGAACAUAAAAACAGCUGUGGCAGCGCUGCCAUGUUGGUCUCAUUCAGACUCCAACCUCAUCACAAUGGUAGUGUUACCACAUUAUCUUGUAGCACUUAGCUUAAUGCUAACAGAACAGUUCCACGGAGUCUCUGCUCCUGUGAAGUGAUACGGCUGUAUCAGUGGCAUGAAUGAUUUCACUUGAGGACAUUUUCCAAAUUUGCCUUGAUCAAGCCACACUCUAAUGGGUCAUGUAGUUCUUGGAGAGCACAGCCAGGUCUUCCUCCAGUGUGAAGGUUUCUGGAAAUCUCCCAACAGGCUGCCAUGUGCCUUUUUAUUCAGUGUGGCUUCAGUCAAACGUUUGUACCAGUCAUUCUCUUAAAAGAAAUUUGCCGUGUGUAGUUGUGAGCGUUUUUCUUUGUCAGUCUUUGCACUUUUGCCUUUGGAAAUAUUGGAAGAGAAUUUGGUGGCUUUGGAUGUGAUGGGUUGCUUUAUUUGUCCUGAUAGGCUGCGGGGUUUCAGAAACUAUCCGUCCAUGUCAGGCUUUGAGUUUCUUUGCUUUAGUUAAUCUGUGAAAUCUGCUCAAGAGGUCUGUCUUUCAAUAGCAGAUGUAUGUCGAUGUGCACAUCGAUUCUCACCACAGAUGAAUAGCACAAACGCAUUUUCACCUUGAGAAGCACAUGAAUACUGUUGAAAGCUACUAUACAGGAGAUGUUGGAUUCAAAGGUAGCGAUAUUUUGGCUUCUGCUGAUGCAGAAUUAUGACGCCUGUCAUUCAUCAAUGACAUAAAAGUGAACAUGACUGUUCGGACUCCAGAUGCUUUGAAAACAAUCGGGUUCAUAUCCGAUAUGGUUCCACAUAGGGAAGUGGCACAAGUAGAAUUUUUUGUGAGGUAAAAUGAUCUGAACUUUCCAGUUAAGACUGCCUUCAAAAAGUUGGACGAAAGUCACAUCUUUGCAAAACAAGCGGAUUCAAUCACAUCUGCCUGCUGUGUUAACAUAACCUAUGUUGCUCUAUUUACCAGCUGGCAGUGCUCUUUAGUGCAAUCAUAUUUUAAAAAGAUUGUGCAACGGUAUGUUGAGAAAUACCAACAGCAAAAAGAUGGAUUUAAACAAGAAAUUCAGCAAAAUACUAAUCAAACUUCACCAGGAAUUCAAUUAGUCUCAAAUAUCAAAUUGAUAUUUUGUAACAAUAGCUAAUCGUGAUAAGGUAAUAAACGUUGGAGUAUAUGUGAUUUAGCAAUGAACAGCAUGUCUCAAAACAUGUAUGAAUAGCCUUGCCAAGAAUGGUUGGAAAUACCUAAAUAUGCCUACAGUUUAUUCUUCAGGCUACAAACAUUUGGAAUAGCCUGCAGCCUGACUAUCUUUGCAUAAUUCUAUGAAUUUAAGCGCUCUGUAUAUGUUUAUGUUAGAUAUGGGAUGUUAACACCAUGCCUCUGGAUGAAAGGUGGUAACUUUAUGUGAUUAAUUUGAUUUGACAAUGUCCCACUAGAUGGCACUCUUUACCCUGUAAUGUUUCUUUGAUGGAUCUGAAUACAGUGGCAGAUGAAUGUCUGGGCUGAAGAGAAUGAGCCCAAAAUCUAACAGGCAUGUUAACAUGUUAUAUAAAAUAAAAUGAAAACAUGCAUAUAUUUUUAAAAAACUGUCAUCUGCAGCUGAUUUCCUUUCAGUAAACUGUAUUUAUUUAGACACAGGAACUAAAAAGUUAUGGGAAAAAUUUACAUAUUUUUUAAUCUAUAGCCUUAGCUUUUUGGUUCUGUAGCUAGAUAAAGAUUUUUCUAGGCAACAAAUUAAAUAAAAAUAAAUAUUUUCUGAACCCAAAUUAGUAAAAAUUCCGAUUCCUAUGACUUUCUAAAUAAAUGUGUUUAGCCAAACAUAAGACAACAUCUGAUAAUAUAACAUCUUUGCAAUAAUUCAGCUUGAACAUUCAGCAUGGUAAAGUUACUAGCGAUUUUUUAAAAGUUACCUGCUGCAAACUGCAAACAUUUGCACUCAUGUACCUGAACCCAAAUGGAAUGAUGUGAUUUUGCUUCAGUGUUUGGCUGUCUAGUUAUUUGAUAUGACACAGCCUCGCUCAUUUAAUAACUCAAAAAAGAUUGCUCUUCAUCAAUAGGUUAAGUGAAACCAAAGUCAAA